AUUGACUUCUACCGGAUAAAGUCUUUCUUCUUCCUCCGAUCAAUUUUAUAAGAAGGCUGCGAUUAGAAAACACCCUUCUAAUUCGUGAAAAGAUCACCGGAUUUCCCCAAGUAUUAUUGAAUCCCAAAAUGCUAAUUCUCACCAUCUUCUUCAUCUCACUCCUCCAUCUCCUCCACCCGACCACCGCCACCUUCCCCUACAAUGCAACUGACAUCAUCCUUCUCGACUGUGGAGCACAGUCCAACACUAUAUCAAAAUUGGACGGUCGCAACUGGGAUACCGAUAUCAGCUCUAGAUAUUCCUCCUUCAACGAUCAAAAGUCAUCAAUUCCUUCCAUUGCCUCUCACCAAGACCCUUCUAUUCCCACAUCCGCAUAUGCAUCUGACCGAGCAUGCGGCCUACUUGAUCAAAGAAUUCAUUUUACUGUGCGGAACAGAGAGAUGCUUAAUGUAACUUUCAUCCCUUCUCCGAAGUCCUUCGCUUUCAUUAACGGUAUCGAAAUCGUUUCCAUGCCAAGCGGCCUCUACUUAAGCGGUAGGGAAAUCCCACAAGUGACUCCAGUCGCUGGCCAAUUCUUCUUUUUGGAUAACACCACCACCUCACUCGAGACUCUUUAUCGGCUGAAUGUUGGCGGAAACCCCAUUGAGAAUGUGAAUGAUACAGGAAUGUACCGAACCUGGAGUCCAGAUGGAGAUUAUCUCGUCCGGUUAAAAUGGUAUAUUCCAGUUUUUUUGGCCCAAUGCCUGCGGUUUCGAUUUUUGAAGGGAACACCAGAGUACACCGCAGCCAAGGAAGUUUACACCACUACACGUAUGAUGAGCCCAGAUGCCUCGUUGAAUUCGCAAUACAACAUGACCUGGAAGUUCUCCGUUGAUGCGGGGUUUCACUACCUCGUCAGUCUUCAUUUCUGUGAGCUUCUGAACGAAGUCAGAGGCCGGGAUCAACAUGUUUUCAGCAUCUUCAUCAACAAUCAAACAGCGGAAACAAACAUAGAUGUGUUUCUUUUGAGCGGUGGCUAUGGAUAUCCCAUGUACAGAGACUAUAUUGUUAUGGCUGACAACAGUACCCAAGGAAAGGACCUUUGGCUAGCGCUGCACCCUCAAAACAAAAAAUAUGUUGAUGCCUUAUUGAACGGUUUAGAGAUUUUCAAAUUGAAUCAAUCUGAUGGUAACCUAGCUGGACCCAAUCCAGACUCGCACCAAAAGUUACUUGAAGGCCCAGAGAGUAGGUUAACAUCAAUAAUUUUGCCAGUCAUUGGAGCUAUUCUCGGUGGUUUUGCUCUGGUUUCUCUCCUCGUGAGCUUUUUCAUUUUUCAAAGACAAAGAAAACUGAAACACUCGCUCUCUUUCACAUCAAAGUUCCUUACCACAAAAACCUCCUCCUCGUUACUGUCUGAUAUCUAUUGUCACUUCUCAAUCGCCGAGAUCAAAGCAGCCACUCAAGAUUUCGACGAUGCGCUUCUAAUCGGAAGUGGAGGAUUUGGAAACGUUUACAGAGGGAUUAUGAAAGGUGGGACCACCAUUGCUGCAAUCAAACGGUUAAACCCUUCAUCAAGGCGAGGGGCCCACGAGUUCCGCACCGAAAUCGCCUUGCUUUCAAAGGUUCGACACAUGAAUCUUGUUUCUCUGAUUGGGUACUGUGAUGAUCAGAGUGAGAUGAUCAGAGUGAGAUGAUCCUAGUGUACGAUUACAUGGCACGUGGCACACUCCGUGAUCGUCUCGGCAAAACCAAGAAUCUGCCAUUAUCAUGGAAACGGAGACUAGAGAUCUGCAUUGGGGCGGCGCGUGGGUUGCACUAUCUCCAUAAAGAGGCAAAGGAGGUUAUCAUCCACCGCGAUGUGAAAUCAUCGAAUAUAUUAUUGGACGAAAA